GUUGUAUAAUUAGACUUUUGACUUUACAGCAUAUGUUAAGUUAUAGAGUCUAGAAGCUCAUUAGUGGUUAGUACAUGGGCAGAGCGCUGCAGAUCUGAGUCAUAAGGGAUCUAUGUUGUUGUGCAUUAUCUUCAGCUUCUGAAUUCUCCCUCUCAUAUUCUGCAUCAGGUACAUGAAACCAGCUCACCCGAACUACUGUGUAGUGAUGAAAAGCUGAUAGCUGUACUCUCAUAGUCUCUCCCUGAUUUACCCAUAGUGUCAAGCACAAGUAGAAGUUCUCUACACUCAUUUGUAUGCACUGUCCACCCACAAACUUUAUCUUGUUGCAAGUGUUGAGUCACAGACAGGUAGUUCUUGUUCAAGUCGCAGCCUCAUGUAAGCUGUAGGUAAUAACAAAAGAUAUUUCAAUCUCACUUUCAGUAAUGAUAAAGCUAAGGUACAAAUAAUUUCUUUACAGCAGAACACCCUCAGAUCAACAAAAAGAAGCAAACAAGUUCCAUUUUGGAGUGCCUGCUGAUUUGUUCUCCCAGCAGGAGCUGUCAUCCUGUUCAAGAAAUCUCUGGUGGACCGUAUCAAUCAGAUCACUUUCAUCCACAUGCUUGCUGACCUCGACAAAAACUCGAGAGGCCUGGAAGGCAGCGAUGCGUUUACCAUUAGGCACGACACGCUCAACAAGUGCAUACAAGUUAAAAACUCACGGAUUGUGAUAGAUGACUGUAGAGAGACGAGUGAAGCUCUGUGGAAAUGGGUGUCCCAGAAUCGCCUUUUCCAUCUGGGGGCCAAGCAGUGCCUGGGACUCGAUAUAUUCACCAAAUUACCGUCCCGCCUGAGAAUGGUGGAUUGCAACUCAGACCUCCGGCUGUGGUGGCGGUGUGCUGACGGCUCUGUGGUUGGUGCAUCUCAGUACAAGGUGACCAUCAAGAGUGCCUAUGUAACCGCCAGCAUUAACGCGUCCGACCAAUGGAGAAGCAACAACUCCUCUGGUGAUAUAUGCCAGUAUCCAUACCGCGAGGUUUAUACCAAAGAUGGGAACUCCUAUGGAAGGCCUUGUGAGUUCCCCUUUCUGUACAACAUGUCCUGGCAUCAUGACUGCAUUCAGGAUGGGACGCACACAGGUGGGAAAUGGUGUGCCACGUCUGAAGAUUAUCCUCGUGAUGGAAAAUGGGGAAUCUGCUUACAGCCAGAGGAUGGUUGUCGUGAUAUCUGGGAACACGAUGCAGGCUCUCAACAUUGCUACCAGUUCAAUACCCAGUCUGCUCUUUCUUGGAAGGAAGCUUAUAUUUCAUGUCAGAGGCAAGGUGGAGACUUACUUAGCAUCCAAGAUGCAUCGGAGUUAAAUUACAUACAAGCAAAGGAUGACAUCGCUGAGAUCUUCUGGAUUGGCUUAAAUCAGCUGGAUGUUUCUAGAGGCUGGCAAUGGUCAGAUCACAAACCUUUGAAUUUUGUCAACUGGCAUCAAGAUAUGCAGGAUUUGUCCCCUCUAGAUGGGACUAGCUGUGUGGCAAUGAAUGCUGCUUCGGGUCAGUGGCAGAGUUACCACUGUGGGAAUCCACUUCCAUAUGUUUGCAAGAAGUCAUUCAAAGAGGUUUCAAACCUCACAGAGUUUUGGAGACACUUGGAUACUCGCUGUGAUGUGGGUUGGCUUCCCCACAAUGGUUUUUGCUACAUGCUGAUACACAACCAGGCAUCUUGGAGUACAGCAGAUACUUUGUGCAAAACAAAUAAAAGUAACCUCAUCAGCAUACACUCACUGGCAGAUGUGGAACUCAUUGUUACAAAGCUUCAUAAUGAUGCUAAAGAAGAAGUGUGGAUGGGGCUCAGGAACGAAGAUGUACCAACCUCAUUCAAAUGGUCAGAUCACACAGAUGUGGUUUUUACAUAUUGGGAUCAGAAUGAACCAAAUGUUCCUUUUAAUGUCACUCCUAACUGUGUGUCCUAUUCAGGCAAGUUGGGGCAGUGGAGAGUCAAAUCCUGUGAAGAAAACUUGAAAUAUGUGUGUAAGAAAAAAGGAGAGAUUUUAAAUGAAACCAAAUCAGACAAAAAUUGCUCACUGGAUGAGGGUUGGGAGAUACAUGGAAACUACUGCUACAAGAUUUUGCAAACAGAAGUUUCAUUUGGAGCACUGUGCAAUCUUACAGUUACAAAUAGGUUUGAGCAAGAAUUUAUAAAUAGUCUGAUUAGAAAACACACCAAAGUUGAAGAAAAAUACUUCUGGACUGGUUUGCAAGACAUUAGCCAGUCUGGAAUGUAUUCCUGGGCUGCAGUGGAUGGGGAAAAAAGUGAAACUGUGACAUAUACUAACUGGAACUCCUUGCAACCAGAGUUCUCAGGAGGAUGUGUGGUCAUGUCCAGUGGGAGGUCUCUUGGAAAGUGGGAAACUAAGGACUGUAAAACCACAAAAGCAUUCCCUGUUUGCAAAAAAUACAUCGGGCUGCCCAAGGAACCAGAAGUGCUCCCAAAGCCAUCUGAUCCCUGUCCCCCUGGCUGGCAUAAUGGAUCUGGCCUUGCCUGCUACAAGUUCUUCCACAGUGAAAGAGUGCUGCGAACCAGAACUUGGGAGGAGGCGGAAAGGUUCUGUGAAGCACUUGGAGGCCAUCUUCCCAGCUUCACUCAUACAGAAGAAAUCAAGACACUUCAUUCCAUCCUGAGAAAAAUUAUCAGUAAUGACAGAUGGGUAUGGAUUGGAAUGAAUAAGAGGAGUCCAGAUUCUUUGGGAACCUGGCAAUGGAGUGAUGAUAAACCCGUAACUAGUCUUGUCUUGCCACAUGAUUAUCUGGAAGAUGAGUAUGACACAAGGGACUGUGUUGCUUUAAAGACCUUUCAGUUUUCGAGGAGAUCAUUUUGGAGAUUUUAUUUCCAUGAAGGCAGAGACCUGGAGUUUUAUUUCAAGCCUUUUGACUGUGAUGCUAAACUUGAAUGGGUCUGCCAGAUAACUAAAGGUAGCACUCCAAAGACACCUGAGUGGUAUAUACCAGAUGAAAUUGGAAUUCAUGGAGUCCCACUUGUUGUUGAUGGAGCAGAGCUGUGGUUUGUACCAGAUAAAAACCUGAGCUUUCAAGAAGCUAUUUCCUACUGUCAGAAAAAUGAUAGUGAAUUGGCCUCUGUGGAGUCUUACCCAAAACUCAGGACAAUACUAUCUCAGAUAGAAAAGUUAUCAAACAGUGAACAGAAGUGGUGGCUGAAGUUUAUUGAUUAUGGCUACAGCUAUCAUUCACCUUUACAGUUAUUUCCACGGUUCCACGAUCGAUCCCUGAGGGACUGCUGGUAUGUUUCUAAGAAGAGCUGGUAUAGAGACUACCCAGUUAACUGUAACAUGAAGCUGCCCUUCAUUUGUGAGAAGAAUAAUGCCUCCUUGCUGGAGAAACACGAUCCCAGCUACCGCCCAGUCACAGGAGGUUGCCCUAAGGGUUGGCUUCGAUUUCAGAAUAAGUGCUUCCUAAAGAUGAAAUCCGAGUUCUUAACAUUUAAUGCAGCUAAUGAAAAGUGUGUAACUUUUGGAGGCUCUCUUCCAUGCAUCUCAAGUCAAGCUGAGCAAGAUUUUAUAACAUCCUUGCUUCCUCAAAUGCCGAGAGAUAUUUGGAUUGGUUUGCAGUUUUUGUUCAGCACAAGAGAAAACAAGUGGAUAGAUGAGAGCAGACUGUUGUAUAGUAACUUUCACCCACUCCUAACAGGAAGACUGAGGAAAAUUCCACUGGAUCUUUUUGAUGAAGAAUUUAACAAUCAGUGUGGUGUAAUCCUCAAUGAUCCCAAGUCUCAGUAUGUUGGAACAUGGAAUUUCACUGCUUGCGCUGACAGGCACUUCUUGGGUAUAUGCCAGCGUCCUAUAGGUAUAGGAGCUACUGAUAACCAGACAGAGCAAGUCCUCAAUGACACAUUUAGCUAUCAAAAUGUUCAAUAUAAAAUAAUUCUGAAGAAUUUGACGUGGAAUGAUGCAAUGGCUGCAUGCAUCAAUCACAAGAUGCAGCUGGUUAGCAUCACAGAUCAGUUCCAGCAGGCUUCCCUCGCUGUUCAGGCUGCCCUUCAUGAUUUCCCACUGUGGAUUGGACUCUUCAGCAGAGAUGGUGGAAAGCAUUACGGCUGGUUGGAUGGGAAACAUGUAAGCUUCAGUCGCUGGUCUGAAGAUGAUGAAGAGACAAGCGAAGAGUGUGUGUAUUUGGAUACUGAUGGCUUCUGGAAAACUUCUGACUGCUACUCUGAAAAUCGAGGUGCUAUUUGCUACUCAUCAGAAAAGAAGAAUGAAAAAGAACAAGUAACACAAGUUAAGUGCCCGCAUAAGAUUAAAAAUACACCCUGGAUAUCAUUUAGAAACAACUGUUACACUUUUAUGAUAACAAAAAAUAGAUGGCGAGAAAUGAAGUCUCAAGAAGCUCAUCAUUUAUGCAAGAAAAUGAACCCAGAAGCAUUUGUUCUGAGUGUUCGAGAUGAAGAAGAAAACAAUUUUGUUACUGAGCAGCUUCAUUCAUUCAGUGGUCUGGCAGUGUGGGUCUGGCUGGGUGUCAUUUACGAUGAUAGUGAUAAAGUUCUGAAGUGGUAUGAUGAAACUCAUCUGACUUACAAUAACUGGAGGCUGGGAAGACCGAUCAUAAAGAAGAACAGCUUUUUUGCUGGUGUAAAUCUUGAUGGUUUCUGGGAUAUUUAUAAUUAUUCUCAAAGUUGGCAAGCUCAUCACUAUAAUGUGUACAGUAUUCUCGCCUGCAAAAUUGAAAGGGGACCCCAGCAGCACAAGCCUCCGCUGCCUGAGUUUAUUCCACACGGAGACACAACAUACAGAAUCCUUCAGAAAAAGUUAACGUGGUAUGAUGCAGUGAGAGAAUGCAAACAAAAUAUGAGUGAUUUAGCAAGUGUACACAGUGAAUCACAGCAGUUAUUUCUGGAGGAUAUUGUCAAGCAGGAUGGCUAUCCACUGUGGCUUGGGUUGUCCAUUCAUGAUGGAAGUAAAGCUAAUUUUGAAUGGUCAGAUGGAAGCAGUUUUGACUAUUAUCCGUGGGAACUAGAAAACUCAAAUAUGACUGAGAACUGUGUUCUGUUGGAUACUAAAGGAUCUUGGAACCGUGCAAAAUGUACAAGUGUUGCUGAAGGAGCCAUUUGCUAUAGCUUUUCAAAUGAGAGGCAAUCAGAGCAAAACCAAGUGAGCCAAGCUUCAGGAUGCUCGCAACUCAGUGGAGAACUACCAUGGAUACAGUAUAAGGAUCACUGUUAUGCGUUUGACAUGGCUUUCUACAAUUUUUCAGUAUAUAACAUUGAAGAUGCUAAGAAAGUCUGCAAGAAACUGAGUCCUUCAGCAGCCCUUCUGACCAUAGGGGAUGCUGAGGAAAAUGCAUUUGUGAGCACACACAUAAAGAAAAAUGAUCUAAUUACUAGGAAAGUAUGGCUUGGACUGACUCAGAGCUCUAAGGAUCAGUCCCUGCACUGGCUUGAUGGCUCAUCAGUCAAUUAUGCCAACUGGGAUAACAGAACCGCAGAACUCAGUGAAAGAUGCAGUGUUAUCGUGUCCACAUCUGGCAAGUGGUCCAAAGUUGACUGCAGUCGUAGUCAAAGCAGAGUGGUUUGUAAAGCUCCUUUAGGUUCUAAUCACACUGGGGUGGCUGUAGCUUUUGCCCUGCUAAUUAUCUUAGUCCUUGUUGUUGGAUUAGUGUGGUUUAUCUGUAAAAAGAAGCGUCUUCACUGGAGUGCCUUCUCUUCAGUACAUUAUCAAAGAGGGAUAAAUGAUGAUGAAGCUGAUGAUGUGUUCACAAAAGAUGGCUAUUGAGAAGAACUGUUCCUUCUAGGCAAUUUAGCAUGAACUUCACUGUGUGAAGCCGUAAGGACUGAAUUACUUGAUGUUUUGUUACUUCUUUUUGAAAAAGUAAUAAGGUUAUUAACGGGGGCUGAGUUUUGUUCCUUUAUACAAGUGUGCAAUUUUUAUUCGAACCCACGGUAAUGAUUUACAUUUGGCCUCAGUUGUUUAAGGUACAAGGUUUUUGGAGUUGUGUAAUGUAUUUUAGAGUAUUAUUUUCCAUCUCUUUACUGGAAAAUGUUUUUAAUUAAAUAAUUAAUGACGACUUACUUCAUGCAACGUCACCUUAUUGAAUGCAUGUAAAGUAGCCUCAUGAAUUCUCUAACUUUGUACAAUUUUCACUCAGUAACUCCAGGCCAAUUAUGUGCCAUUUUGGUGUGUUAAGGAUUCUGCUGCUAGUUUUGGAUUAUCUAGCUAGAACAGAGAGGAUAAAUGCUUGGUGUAGCAACUUUUGUGGCAAGCUGUUAUAAAUUUUUUAUAUAGUAGGAGAAAAAGGAGUUAUCAGACAACAAAUUUAAAUUUAAAUUUCUAGAAGGAAGAUAAUGUUGUUACUUUCUCUCCCAAAUUAAUAAUAAUAAUUAAAAAGCUAUACUGGUGAGAUAAGAAUAUUGGAAUGCACAGAGUUACGGAAGAUAUCCUGCACUAAAGAUGUGCCAUUUAUGAGUAAGUUUAUUAAUAAAUGUAGAGUAUUUUAUAUUUGAGACUGUGACAAGCUGGCAGAUCAUGGCACAGCUAUCAGAACUGCCCAGUAUGGGCUGACUGUAAGUACAAGCAGAACUCAAGACAGAAAGAGCCUCAGCCUUGUGAAAGCAAAGGCAUGAAUGUUGUGUUUUGUCCUGUGAUAUAAUUGUUAAAUAAAUCAUUCAGUUUCUUUUACCAGCACCACAGCACCUUUAACAAAGGUUUAGAAGCACAAAUAGCAGAAAUGUUUACAGUGAAAAUCAGUAUCUAGACAUAAGCAUACAAAAUUAAAACAUUUUUAAGAUGCACUUUUAGAGUAGCAUUUAGAGGAAGAAUUAUUCCAUUCUAUCCCAUGGCUUCACAAUUCUCUGAAAUUAGACCUGUGUGACUUUCUUCUGGAUAAAACAGAAAAGACCUUCUCCAUUUUAUAAUCUGUUGCAGUGUGACAUCUGAGGAUGGGAGUGUUACAGAGACUGUUUUAUGUUCUUUAAUGAGAUCCUUCUGACAUUUUACCUCCAGUAAUACUGUUGGUUUUUAUUAUGGGUAAAUGCUUAACUAUAUAAAGCGGAAUAUGUGUUAUCUGUUGAAGAAAUAACAGAGAUAUAUCUAAGGAAGGAAUGAGGAAGAAUGGAUGGUAAAUUAAGUUGUGUAUGUAAAUGCUAAAAAUACUUGAGUAUUUUACAUAAAACUUAAACUUGAUUUUUGUAUGUGAUGUGAUCUAUGCACUCCAAAGAAAGUUAUAAAGGGAAAAGGGGAAGACAGCUUUGUACAUAUUCUAAUAAUUUGAUCAAUGUUUUGAAGAAGCUGUUAGACUUCUUCAGAACACAGUACAAAGAAGAGAUGUUUACUUUUAUGAAGGCGUAUAUGCAAAAGACCAAAUCCAUCCCCUGUGUAGUAAUAAUGGUGUGAUAUGAUAAAUAGGAAUACAUUUGGUCUGACAUGCUGAAAAGUGUACUACUGAUUUCUCUGGAGCAACAUUGCAAGGUCAUAAUGUUCAGCUGCCUUAUUUCCCUGCAGUUUACUGAAAUUGACAGCACUUUCCUUUGUACCUGUUUGCACUAUUUUGAUAAGCAGGUGUUUAUCAUCUGUACUGAUAAUAGAGAACCUCUUGUAGAUAUUACUUCAGUACCUGUUGAAAUAGCAGAGUGAAGGAGCAUAGCCAAAGAAACGUCAUGUUAGUUUGCUGAUAAAGAAGUAAGCACUUUGUUGUUUAUUUGGUACUUGAGCACAACUGUGACUCCUUUCUUCUAUCUUGAUGGUAGUUGCUUUGCUAAAUGAUUUCUAAAUUAAUGAACUAAAAAAAAGUGUUCCAUUGUCCUUUUCUCACAGCAGUAAGAAGUGGGAAAAUAUUUCGAAAUUCCUGUUUUGAAAUUUACUAGUUUUACAGGUGUUUAUACUUUGAACGUUUUUAGUUGUGAAGUUGAAAGUGAAAAUUAGUGAAAAAAAAAUCGUAGUUACCCAAAAUAUAAAUAUAUACUUUUUAUAAUUAACAUAAAUGUAUAUUUUAUUCUUAUCAAUGAUGUAAAUAAUUUUGUAAGGCCCCUUUUCUAUGUUUGUUUCAUCAUACCCAAGUUGUCUCAUCACUGGUAAUUCUCAUUUGAACAAGCGCAGCUGCCUUAGUGCAGGUGAAUAACCCACCUCACUUGAAAUACACAGCGAGAUUAUUACUGAAAGAAUAAAGCUAAAUGAAACACUAAA